GAGUGCCGGAUCGCCCACCCCAUCGUGAAGUGCACGUACUGCCGGUCCGAGUUCCAGCAGGAGAGCAAAACUAAUACGAUAUGCAAGAAAUGCGCCCAAAACGUGAAGCAGUUUGGAACGCCCAAGCCGUGUCAGUAUUGUAACAUUAUCGCAGCCUUCAUUGGCACCAAAUGUCAGCGUUGCACCAACUCAGAGAAGAAGUAUGGCCCACCUCAGACCUGUGAACAGUGCAAACAGCAGUGUGCUUUUGAUCGAAAAGAGGAGGGGAGAAGGAAGGUUGACGGAAAGUUGUUGUGUUGGCUCUGCACACUUUCCUACAAGAGAGUGCUACAGAAGACAAAGGAACAGAGGAAGAGCCUAGGAUCUUCACAUUCUAACUCGUCGUCUUCAUCUCUCACUGAGAAAGACCAGCAUUCAAAACACCACCACCACCACCACCAUCAUCAUCGUCACAGCAGCGGUCAUCACAAAAUCAGCAGUCUGAGUCCAGAACAAGAUCAGGGACUAUGGAAACAGAGCCAUAAAUCCUCUGCAGCUAUUCAGAAUGAAACUCCAAAGAAAAAACCCAAACUGGAAUCCAAGCCAUCAAAUGGAGAUAGUAGCUCUAUAAAUCAGUCAGCAGACAGCGGAGGAACUGACAACUUUGUCCUCAUAAGUCAGCUGAAAGAAGAAGUAAUGUCACUUAAACGUCUUCUGCAGCAAAGAGAUCAGACUAUCUUAGAAAAAGAUAAAAAGUUGACAGAACUGAAGGCAGACUUCCAGUACCAGGAGUCUAACUUGAGGACAAAGAUGAACAGUAUGGAGAAAGCUCAUAAGGAAGCUGUGGAACAGUUGCAGGCCAAAAACAGAGAACUGCUCAAACAGGUUGCAGCAUUGUCGAAGGGUAAAAAGUUUGACAAAAGUGGGAGCAUACUAACAUCUCCUUGAGGAACUGGUUACUCCUGGGGUUUGCUACUCAAUGUAAAUUUGAGUAAUUCUGUGGAGCCCUUAAAAUCCCAUGUAGUGGAAAAAAUAUUUUUGCACACCAGAAUAGUUGGCAUGUUUCCUACACAUUUUUAUAAUUAAUAUGCAGCUUUUUUUAGUUACCGUUCAGAUGAAAUACUUCAACUGGAUUGAAGAAUGUUUUUAUUUUUUUGAUAUUGGAACCUUUUUGCCAGCAAUAGUAUUAAACAAUUGCAUAGAGAGCAUGGCAGUGCUCUCUCUAAAAGGACAACAUGCAAUAACAAACUAGGUGUACUUUUUACAAAGCAGCAACAAAGUCUUUUAAACUACACUGAUGUCAGCCAAAAGUUUAUGAAUUUGCAGUGACACUGAAGGCUGGUUUCUGGCAACUGUUCUUUUACUUUGUAUCAAAAUGCAAAUUUAGAACGGAUAUCAUGGUGCUCUCAAGUGAAACAAAAAAAAGGCUUAUAUGUAUGUGUAAAUACAACUGUAACGGUUAUAUUCUUAGUUAUAACAAGUAAUUAGUGUUUUACAUUCUUGUGAUAGGGAUUUACCGAAAGAUUAUCUAUUGUACAGUUACAGAGGCAGUGUGGUUUUUGUAAGAUUUACUGUAGAUUUUUCUUGCAAGUGCCUUUCUCCAACUGUUUAUUUAUAGGAAUGUUGGUAUUUUGUACAUAAGGUUUUUAUGUUUUAAAAUCAUGUUUAAUAAAUGUUUUAUGUAAA